CCACCACCGCCGAGCAAAGCCAGCGGCUGCCUAAUCUCUUCGGACCCAUUUACCCUCCCACCCUCACUCUGCUCCGCUCACCACCACAGUGACCACACCACUGCCGCUUCUUCGCAGCUCACAUCCUCCCACCUCCCUCCCCCACCGCUAAUCGCCGGCCCCAUUCGCCAUCUCGUCGGCCCCCCGACCUCGCCGCAGAUCGCCGCCGCGCUUCCUGCGGGCGAGAGCGCAGGGUUGUGUUCAUCUCUACUUAGGAAGAUGCACACCAUAUUCCUUUGUCGAUGACCUCUGGAAUAUGCUCUAGUUAUCUUUAUAUGCUUCACCAGGUGGUCAUUAAUGGGCUCUUUUUUGAGAAAACUGCCCGGUUUCCUCUUUGUUUUGGUAAUUCUGCACUGUGUGGCUCGUGAAGCAAGAGCGCUAAAUACAGAUGGUGAAGCACUUCUUGCCUUCAAGAAGGCAGUUACAAAUUCAGAUGGGAUCUUUUUGAACUGGCGUGAACAAGAUGCGGAUCCAUGCAACUGGAAGGGUGUUAGAUGUGAUAUUCCCACUAAAAGAGUGAUAAACCUGAGUCUUGCAUAUCACAAGUUGGUUGGGCCGAUACCACCUGAAAUUGGGAGGCUAAAUCAGUUACAGACUUUAUCACUAGAGGGGAACAGUUUGUAUGGUUCACUCCCUCCUGAAUUAGGAAAUUGUACCCAGUUGCAACGACUGUAUCUACAAGGAAAUUAUAUAAGUGGAUAUAUCCCUUCAGAGUUUGGUGAUCUUGUAGAACUUGAGACACUGGACUUGUCCAGUAAUACAUUGAGGGGAUCAGUCCCACAGUCUCUUGAUAAGCUGACCAAACUUUCAUCAUUCAACGUAUCCAUGAACUUCCUGACAGGAGCAAUACCAUCAGAUGGUUCACUUGCCAAUUUUAAUGAAACUUCCUUCAUUGGAAACCGUGAUUUAUGCGGGAAGCAGAUUAAUUCAGUGUGCAAAGAUGCAGUUCAAUCACCAUCAGAUGGCACUCAACUACCUUCUCCAGGUGACGGGAGCAAAAGUUCCUCUACCAGACUUGCUAUAAGUGCAAUAGCAACAGUAGGAGCUCUGCUAUUGGUGGCUUUGAUGUGUUUCUGGGGUUGUUUUCUGUACAAGAAUUUCGGAAAGAAAGAUAUUCAUGGUUUUGGGGUGGAGCUAUGUGGAGGCUCUUCCGUUGUGAUGUUCCACGGGGACCUCCCUUAUGCCACCAAAGAUAUCCUCAAGAAACUAGAGAACAUGGAUGAGGCAAGUGUCAUUGGAUCAGGCGGUUUCGGAACUGUUUAUAAACUUGCAAUGGAUGACGGUAACGUCUUUGCAUUGAAAAGGAUAGUGAAAACAACUGAAGGGCGUGACCGGUACUUCGAUAGAGAACUCGAGAUAUUGGGAAGCGUGAAGCAUCGUAAUUUGGUCAACCUCCGUGGCUAUUGCAAUUCGCCUUCAUCAAAACUGCUGAUAUAUGACUACCUUCCAGGUGGAAGCCUGGAUGGAGUGCUACAUGUACCUGAAAAAAAAGCCGACCCAGCUGACCUAACUGAACCAACUGAAUCAGCUGAGCCAGUUGAACCGUUGGAUUGGGAUACACGCAUUAACAUAAUACUUGGAGCUGCAAAAGGCCUGGCUUACUUGCAUCAUGACUGUUCACCUCGAAUAAUACAUCGUGAUAUUAAGUCGAGCAAUAUCUUACUGGACGCCAAUUUUGAAGCCCGUGUAUCAGACUUCGGACUUGCAAAACUACUCGAGGAUGAAGAAUCUCAUAUUACUACAAUAGUUGCAGGAACAUUUGGAUAUCUUGCGCCAGAGUAUAUGCAGAGUGGCAGGGCUACUGAAACGACGGACGUCUACAGUUUUGGAGUUUUGGUGCUUGAGAUACUAAAUGGAAAGAGGCCUACUGAUGCAUCCUUCAUUGAGAAGGGGCUGAACAUUGUUGGAUGGCUAAAUUUCCUGGUCGGCGAGAACCGUGAGCGGGAAAUCGUUGAUCCAAAUUGUGAAGGCGUGCAGAUUGAGACCCUGGAUGCCCUGCUCUCUCUUGCCAAACAAUGCGUGAGCUCUUUGCCAGAGGAGCGGCCGACAAUGCAUAGGGUGGUACAGAUGCUAGAGUCGGAUGUAAUUACGCCAUGCCCUAGCGAUUUCUAUGAUUCAGAAUAGGCUACGAACUACGGUUGUUGUUGCUGCUGCUGGUGGAGGCACAUUCCAUUUAUUCUUUGCAGAUUAUGUAAAUGCAUUGCCGCGGUGUUAGCCUCCACUAGGCUGGUUCUACGGGGAGAACAUUUUUUGCGAUUUGUAUGUAUCUUUGCCACGCUACAGAUUGCUGUAUGUUAAUUUAAUAAGAAAACUUAGUUGCA